ACUACCUCCGGGUCCCUCUCCGUGUCUCUCCGGAAAACACCGCGCAGGACGUGGAGCCGAAGCCGACCUGAGGAGCCUGUUCUAGGUUUGAGCUGCUGCGUUUUCCCGGUGCUCUCUGGUGCCCGCUGCGCGGGUGAGAUGAACGACCGGAGCCGGUGAUCGAGCCCCGGACAGUGGAGAGCGAACACCGGCCUCCCCUCCCGCAGAUCUCUGUCCCUUCGAUCCCUGUCCCCGGUCCUUCCUCCGUCUUUGCCCCGGAGACAAGCUGCAGAUCCGGCUGCACCAGGAUCAGGCCUCCCCCCCCCACACCUGAGCAAACAACCAGCCACCGACUCUUUUCAUACUUUUGACUCUUUUUAGUCAAAGUUUAGAUAACGCGGCUCCAAAUUUAGGGACACAAGGUUCUAACGUGAUACAGAGGUGAUAAGGCAGCAGCGUGCGCAGUUCAAGGUUUUCUUUUAAGGACAUGGAUGCAGAGAGUGGGGUACUCUUCCUGACUGAGGGCUGGGAUCUGUCUGCUCCUGUCAGCUCUGCUCCUGUCACUGCACCUGACGGCUCCUCUGGACUCCUCAUGGACCUUCCCGAGGCUGUGCAGGAGUGGGCUGUAGAGGCAGAAACUGUUCUUGGUGUAAAGUCCAGUCUCGUUCCUCAGACUCUGGUGGACAGUGAGACAGAGGAGCUGCUUCAUGGAGUCGACCCCAACGAGGUCUUCCCCUCCAGAACCACUCCAGACUCUUCAGGGAGUGACAGCGGAAUCUGUGAGGAGAUCCAGAACCAGGGACUGGACCAGGAACCGGACCAGGACCAGAUUCUGAGCCAGGAUCUCAACCAGACCACAGUGUACCAGGUGGUGUACGGUGUCACUGACAUCGACAGCAACCAACAGAACGUCAUCUCCAUAGAACUGGAUUCGUGGUCUCAGUUGCUCCUCUCAGACUCCUGUGUGGUGAAUGAGCUGGUUCCUCGUCCUGGAUGCUCCUCUCAGUCCCUGGACCAGAUGAGCUCGGAGCUACAGCUGACAGAGGAGGAGCAGAGACUUCUGAACCAAGAGGGAGUGUCUCUGCCCAGCAACCUGCCCCUCACUAAGGCGGAAGAGAGGAUCCUAAAGAAAGUACGCAGGAAAAUCCGUAACAAACAGUCGGCUCAGGACAGCCGCAGGAGGAGGAAGGAGUAUGUGGACGAGCUGGAGAACAGAGCUGCAGAGUGUUCGGCUCAGAACAAAGAGCUGCAGAGGACAGUGGAGCAUCUGGAGAAGAGCAACAUGUCUCUCUUGGCACAGCUCCGACAGCUCCAGGCUCUGAUCAAACGAACUGUUUCAAAAGGAGCUCAGACCAGCACCUGCCUCCUGAUCAUUAUUGUGUCUCUGGGUCUGAUCAUUCUGCCCAGUUUCAGUCCCUUUCUCAGACGCUCAGCUGCAGAUGACUACAGGCCCAUCGGAGUUAUCUCCAGAAACAUCCUGACAGACUCCGCCUCCUUGCAGCCUCCAGCCAAUGACGACCCAGCGUCAGACCCUGAACUCGCUGACGUCAGCCAAUCAGGAGCCGAGGAUGUUCCUACUACUUCCGUCAACCAAUUACAGCCGAGCCUAGAACCCCCAGCAUUACAGGGGAACCAAUCAGAAAACAGCUCUGCACCUGUUGCCGGGCAGAACUUGAAACUAAAACUGGAUGAAAAACGUGAUUCAUCCAAACCCGCUCAUGCCGACGAGAUGUAGAGUUUGUACUCUACUCCCUCUGGUGGACGCUAGUGGAACUGCAAAAUGAAGAAAAAAGGACAUUUCAUAUCGGAUUCUACCACAAAAAAUGUGCCAUCUAAAUCAGGACAGAGCAGGUACUUGACUAAGGAUUGAAGUAGGUCUAAACCAUAGCCUGUAUAUAUCUUUGGACAUGGAGAUAUAGAGACCACUUCUUUCUAUCUAAAACAUGUCGCCACCCUCUCUGUACGUGCUGCUGCCAGACUCAUCAUUCUGACCUUAAAAUGUUUAAUUUCACUAUUUCUGCCAAACGAGCAAUGGGAGCGGGAAGGAGUUUGUACUGUCAAUGUCUCCAGUGCUGAUUGGCUCUUUGGUUGCAUGAUACACAUGGUCAGAUUUCCAAGUACAGAACUCUGCUCCAUAUUCACCGCUGUAACUACUAGCCUCGAUUGUCUUCCUCUGAAUGGAGCCGAACAACGUGGGUGACGUCACACUCCUUCACUCCACUUCUUUUUACAGCCUAUGGUUUAAACCAGGACUAAAACACAACUGAACUCUAAAGUGGGACUAAACCAAUCCAGUUAAUCAAUCAAAUGGUCAAUUUAUACAGCGUUUUUGUACCUUCAAGUCUCAAAGGGUUUACAGAGGGGUUAUGUGCUUUACUGAAGGACACAACUACAGUAUUUAUGUAUGGGAGCUGGGAUCUGGGAACUAUUCUGUCAGAAUUGCUCUGUGACAAAUUCAUUAGAUUGCUUUGCUUUUGGAACAUAAAUCUGCUUUAAAGAGGGGGUGUUAAGCAAAAUGUAUUUUUGGAGCUUUUGACCAUGUUAUAACAUUGUUCUCUCAUCAAAUACAUGGUGAUCUAAAUAUGUUAUGUGUUAGCAGUUAAUACCCUGUAGAUAUAAAAUGCCCCCUCUUUGACCUCCCUGUGAGGCCUUUGGGAUCUGUGCCUUUUCAAACAUUUAAAAGAAGAGUAUUUUAGACAGACUAUAUUUGUAAUUUAUAUUUUUGUCAGUGGAAUUUUAACACAAUCUGUAUGUUUAUGGAUUAAUUUAUUUCUUGCACUCCAGGGACAAUCAGUUUGAAGUAAAUAAAUUCACUUUGUUAGUGA